GGCACACAUGCUCGGCUUCGUUCCCUCGACUUUGUAAGACAUCGGAACCUCCUUCACUGUGGUCCUCAAACGAGCCUCGUACUCCGUCAGGUACACAUCUCUUCGCUCACCUGCAUUCAACUUACUGUCUCCUGUUUAAUUUAUAACAAAAAGAAAAAGGGGAAGAAAAGGUGGGUGAGAAAAUGAAGUUCAUGUGGACGUUGUGCGGUUUGUUGCUGAUCGCCAGUAUCGUUGCUUCCAAUCCAAUAGUAAAAAGAGAUGCCGAAAAUGAUCUGAGCCCUUUGAAUGAAGUGUAUGUAUUCGAGGCUGACGAGGAUCAAAGUGUUGACGAUGAGAGAGCUGACAGAGAUAAGAGAAAAAUUGGUGUCGUCAAACUGGGAGUGUCGAAUGGUAUUAUCAACUUUGUCUUUGGUAAAUUAGAUGCCUUCCUGGACGCUAAGACAAAAGCAUUAACGAUAUUGGACGAAUCUAAUAAAGCUAAGAACGCAAUUUUUGGCAUAGACAAUACUCAAUCAGCAACCAGUCAAUUUAUCGGCAGUCUCGUCUCUCAAAAGAUUCAUGCUGGUACGGCCAGUAUCAAUCCGGUGAUAAACAGUGCCUCGACAUUUUUUAAUACUGCAAAGAAUGGAUUGGCCAGUGCGUUCGUUUCAAAAUUGGCGCCAUUGAGUUCUAUUGUCGGUGGUCUUAGUGGUGGAGGAACAGCUACAGGUGGUGUCAGCGUUGGAGGAGGAGUCAGCGUAGAUAAUGGAAGUUCUGGUGCAGGAGCAUCCCAAUUAUUGGGUAACUUGCUCUCCUCAAAAGUAGGAAUUAUAUCGAAUCUGAGCUCCGGUAGUAGCGGUGGAACUUCCGAUACUUCGACCGGAAGCGGAACCAAUGCUAACUCCGGUACCUCUGCUGGAAUUAAUCUUGGAGCGUUCGCGAAUCUAGGAGGGAAGACUGAGAGCGGUACUACUACGACAACAACGGAGGAAAAUAUUCCGAUGUUCGAUAGACAAAAGGUAUCAUUGGAUAUACCGCCACGUAUCUUUGGUUCUGGCUUCACUUUGAUCACGAACAUAAGUAGAAUUCUCAACAACAUUAUUCUUAAUUCAGCCCGUCGAACACAGACGCUCCUAGAAAUCUUCAAGCCCUUUUUUCGAGGUGUCUUCGCUAUAAAAGGUUUACCAUCGGAUAAUCCACAAUAAUGAAAUUAUUCAUUAAACACAUUGACAUAUCGUAGAAUUCUGAGAAAAAAGAUACAAGAUUCAUAAUCGAUUUUCCAUCUCUAAAUGAUAUAGUCGAUUUGAUUACUACAAUUCUUUUUAUCGAUCACAUCGAUCCAAUUUUCUUUUUUUAAUUUUACUACAUCAUACUAAUAGG